GGUGGUAGCUCCACAUGUAAGGAAGGAGAUGGAGAAAUGUGAUCUGAUGCUGUGGGCUUGUUCCCUCCUAUUUUGAUUGUAUUGUAGCUCCUGUUGAUUAAAAGAGCACAGCUGAGUUAUGCUAACAUGAGAUGAGGGAGAGCUAAGGCUGGGGGUUGGGACCCUUUCUUUCCAGCUAAAUGAAUUUAUCCAAGAUGUGAGAGUCUGCUACUGUGUUAUUAACUUACAAUGAACUGUGGUGUGAAAGCUACUGAGAUUUUUACUGUUUUUGCACUAGAAAAGUUGCACAUGGGCAACUUGAGAGGCAAUAUGCAAUUCCACAUCAGUUGCUGAUGUGUGAUCUCCUGUGAUAAAAGUAUCCCGCCCCAUUCCACAAGGCAUAUUUUCAGUGGUUCUUCCAAUUCAAGGAAUGUUUGUCCAGGAUGAUGAUGAUUUGUAUCACAACAGCAUUUAGGGAAUGUAGCCAAGAUCAGCCUAUCAUUGCACUGAGCACUACAGUCACUUACGGUGAGACACUGCCCUCUCUCACAUAAACGGGACAAAUAUCUCUAGAUAUUUAAAUGCCUGACUCCCACUGAAGCACAUAUUUGGACAUCACCGUUUAAGCAGGCACCAGGGCUUACAGGAGAAACUGAGGGUGUUAAGUGAGGUGACAAAGGUUGUACAGAAAGUCAGUGGCAGAGCAAGAAGCAGACUCCUUUUCCAAGUGGCUGCUGGAUCGCCUGUCGAAGUGACCCUGGCUUUGUAGUCAGCGAAACACCAUCUUUCACUUUUUCCAUUUAAACUAAAUUUCUGAAGGCGAUGAUUUAUUGAUAACCCGUAGGACUGCGGAGUACGGGGCAGCAGCGAUCAGACGUGCAGUAAGAAGCGAAGGGAGGCCGUGGCUCUGACCCUCUGCGCCCUUCUCAAGUUGCGGCUGUCUCCAGAAGAUGCUGCGAACUCCGGCCCGGAGAAACGUCUCCUUUCUCUCCCCUCAGGCUGAGCAGCGACCACUCGGAUGCUAAAAUAAGGUCAGGGCUCUGCCAGGCAGUUAAAAGCCCGGGCUGAGCAGGGCGUGCAGCUCUGUCUCCGGAAGGCAGCGCGAUCUUCCCCCGCAGCAUCCUCGCCGCCCGGAGCGGAGGGAGGAGAGGGCACUUCGCCCAAACCAGCUUGAGCUCCGCACUUAACUGGUACCCUCUGGUGAGUGAAGGUUCGGUUACCUGCAGCCUCUCUUGCUAAUCUUGGCCAAAACGCUUGUCAUUUGCGAGAAAGGGGUUUCGCUUGGAGAGGGGAAAAUAUAAAUCCAGUCCCCAAAGUGAAGGAAAAAUUCUGAAAUGCAGAAAGGCUUAUUUGCUGCUGCAAAUGGGAAUCUGGAAUAACUAUGAAAAACACACUGAAAUAAUUGUGUUUGACUGGAACAAAAGUCUUGCAAAGUCCCCAAGGAUGAGAUUCUGUGCCAAAUCAAUGCUUCUAUCUGACUGGCUCUUUCUGGUCUAUGUGUUAAUGGUCUGCUGUAAAUUGUUGUCCGCCUCUAGCCACCAUCCCCGGGGGCACACAGGCCAGCACCAAGUCAAGCAAGGGACAUGUGAAGUUGUGGCAGUGCAUCGUUGCUGCAAUAAGAACCGGAUUGAAGAACGAUCGCAAACAGUCAAGUGUUCCUGCUUCCCAGGGCAGGUGGCUGGUACGACAAGGGCUCAGCCCUCAUGCGUGGAAGCUUCCAUUGUCCUACAGAAGUGGUGGUGUCAUAUGAACCCCUGUUUGGAUGGAGAGGACUGUAAAGUACUACCAGACUAUUCAGGUAACACGGUAGCAAAGAAUAAACCUGUGGGUCACUACAAGAACAAAGGCAUGUGCAACUGUUGCUUGGCUGUUACACAGAGACCCUUUUUUGUGAUGAUGCUAUUGACUUAGUUCUUUGAACUUGCAAAAUUAGUCAGCAAAAAGGACAAUACUUCUCCUUUCAACUGUGGCUGCAGUUCCUGAUCCUGGAUUUUGCUGUACAGAAUGGUACAUUUUAAUUUCACAAGAAAAAGCAAGGAGAUUUGAUUCUACCUGAAAUGCACCUUGGAUUGCCAAGGAUCUGACACUAGGCAGAAAUCUGUGGAAGCAUACACCUGAACUUCUGUGGUGCAUCAAGGAUAAGACUUUCUUAAUGACACUAAAAUAUGUAAAAUUGUUUUAAACGAGUUUAGAUUAUGAAUGUAACCUAGGGGGUCAUAGAAAGAAAAUAACUUAUGUUAGAACCAAUACAGAGGACCUUAAAUGUCUUUUCCAACCUAAAUGAUUCUAUGAUUCUAUGGAUUUGUCUGAGGUACUUCUCACGUACAGUACAACAUAAAAAUAGAAAGCUGAUCCCAAUGCUAAGUGAGUUGACAGGACAGUGUUAGUAAAUUAUGUCUUAGUGUAUUUUCAACUGUGGUUUAGUAACUCUCAAAGUUGUAUGAAGGUGAAAAGAUGGAAAUUAUAAAUCAGUAGCAAUUAUUGUUGGGCAUACUUUGGUUAUAUCUGUGCAAUUAGAUUUAUUUCCUUAUAUAGUUCUAGGUAGUUUAACUUUUACAUUCAUAAGUGAUGGCAGGGAAGCAUGAGGAAGAGACAGAAUUUGAAAGUAGACAUAGUUUUUCUUGUCCUAAAAUAAAUCCAUUCUCUAGGGGAAUAGCAAAGUACACAUAUUCCUUGCCUCUUUGAAUCUAGAUAUGGAAAAGAAUUUAGCCAUUAGCUAGAAAUAUUCAUUCAAGAUGCCUCAAAAAAAGGAGAGCAUGCUUGUACUACAUAAGUAAAGGCUUACUGGAAGGAGAGUAAUUUGUUUGGAUUUUCAUAGCUUUGGUUAUAUCCUAAUAGGUAACAUAAAAUUCAUAAGCAAAAUUCUAGAUAAAAGUGAAUCUUCAGUUUCAAUUAGUUCAUGUUUAGAAUGAUUAUAAUAAUUAAAUGUCCGGUUCCUUGACAGACUGAAUUUCCAAGUGGUUACAUUUUGUGACACGUAAUUGUUCCAUAUUAUUCUAGAUGCAUUUCAUACUGUUUUUCUUAUUUGCCUGUUACAGUUUUUUGUCAUCCGUCUUCAUAAAUAGAACAGUAAGUAGAGGUGAAGCUGUAGCCAGUCUGUUCCCCAUUACAUUAUUUUGUGACUUAAGAUGCAUUGAAACAGACUAAAACGCAACGAUGCAGAUGGCUAUCAUGCAGAUGAACUGCUGCUGACCCAGCUACUGAAUUCAUUGUUACACUUUAUGUAAAUAUUAGGGUAACAGUGUACAUCUAAUUUUUACAUAGACAGAAAAGCAAAAAAAAAAAAAAAAAAAAAAAAAAAAAAAAAAAAAAAUCAAGUGUCUUGUACUAAUUUAGGUCAUCAUGCAUAAGCUUUCUAGUUUAUGGGAAAGAUACCAUCAGCAGUGUGAAGCUGUUCGGAGUAAUAAUUGUUAGCUUUUGAUUUGUGGGAGUGAGUGGGAGUGUUCAGCCAGGUAAUUCCAUUGAAGUCAGUGGAGGAAAGAUCUGGCCCUGUGAUUUUUAGUUUUGAUUUCUCUGGUUUAGUUCACUUUCAAUUAUGUAUUUGAUUACAGCUGGGAUCAUAGUGGUCAUUGUACUCGGUGAUAAGUAAACAAGAGAUUUUCUGCUCUAUGCUUGGACAGCUGAACAGUUAAUAGACUCUGCUUGCCCUAAUGAGCUCUACAUUCCUAAUAUUUUUCCAUUGUUUUGAUUUUCUGAUUAAAUUUUAAGAUUA